AUGGCAACAAAACCUGCGUUAUAUGGUCUCACCUGUAGUGUGAGAGCUUGCUUGGUCCUGUUGAUUUCGGUUCUCCUCGUCAGUCCCUUCGACUACAAAACAGAUCAUGGAUUUGUGCUGUUGGGAGUUCAAGCCUUUGCAAUGAAAACGAUAUCUGUUACCCGUGGUAUCAUUGAGCCAGAUAACUUCUUCACAGGGGAGGAUCUCUUGCUUCAACAGAGUAAAGAGCUCCCAGGAUGCGAGUACGAUGGAGGGCAAAUUCUGUUGAGUCAUCCCUCGUCACUGGCUCCCGAAAAUCGACAGUAUGGUACCGCAAACCUGAUGUUAGAAGCAGCUGGAAUCACAAUCGAUCGAAUCAACAACGAAAGAUGCGGUGUUAAAGUAGAUGGGAAAAGCUAUGCUUUGCGGCUGAAAACUUACUCUGACGAUUCGGACAAGAACAAGACGGCGGCUGUGACUCGAGCAAUCGUCAAUGAAAGUGAUUUCAUGUUGGCGGGGUACACUUCGGGACUAGCUGCCUUUCAGACGCCUGUGGCAGAAGACAACAAGAAACUCGUCAUCACCGCCGGAUCAUCUAGUACUAGUGUUCAUUCUGGCAAAAAGUAUGCGUUUGGAAUGCUACCCCCUGCUAGCGCCUACUUCGGCAACGCUUACCGAGCUAUGGCUCAGUUGGGAGCCAGAACCAUCGGUUUUCUUUAUGAUGACGAUUUUACCUCAUGCAAACCAGAAUUCGCCGAAGCAUAUGGAUUUGAAGUAAUCUACACUUUUGCAAUUGGAGAAAACAAAUCCUACGAUGUUUUUGAUGAAGCAGCAUACAACGUUUCUCGGCUCAACCCUGACUCGAUGGUGACUUGCUCACGCCUUACUCCUGAACAUUGGGUCAACGCGAUGAGAAAACACAACUGGAAUCCUAAAGCACAAGUGACUUUUGGAAACGUUCCGCUGGAGGAGGCAGUAGGGACAGAUGCCCAGCACAUGAUGACAGUUUCCUCGUGGGUCGACACAUUGCCGCACAUACCUGAUGCUGUCACUGGUUGGACGCCAAAAGAGUUUGCAAUUGAAUUUGAGACGGCAGCUCACAGGCCUCCCGACUACCGUCAAGUGGCACAGAGUGCAGCAAUCAGUGUUUUGGUCCAAGCCAUUGAAUCCGCUGGAUCCAUCCAUGAUGCCGAUAAAGUGGUGGAGCACUUGCAGAAUAAAACAUUCGAUACUGUCUAUGCCAAGGUAUCCUUUGACGAAAACGGACAAAAUGAUGCAACCGGACUGCUUCUACAGUAUGAUAUAGACAACGUUGCACAGGUGGCCUUGCCAGAGUCGCUAAACCGUGAUUUUGAGAUUGUUUAUCCUAUGCCUUCCUGGAAGAAACGCGAUUGUACACUACUUUCAGACUGUCUCCGAAACAAUGGGGAUUGCAUGGAUGACGGUACUUGUUCAUGCCCCUCUGGUCUCAUUCAAUUUGGAAACGGCGAGACCGCAUCGUGCAAAGAACUUCCAUCAGAAGAUAUGACUUACAUUGGAUCCAAGUUCUUGUAUGUUGGGUACAGCUAUGUGGUUGUUCAGUGUAUCACAUCAGCGAUAUUUGGCGCAUGGGCCAUUUGGAAUCGAAACAGCGAGGCAGUACGGGCCAGUCAACCCAUGUUCUUGCAUCUAAUCAGCUUUGGAUGUUUCAUUCUUGCAUUAUCAAUCAUUCCGAUGACCUUUCAGGGCGGCUACCGAUACUACCGAGAUCCAGACACUUUGGAGCCCACACACAUAUUCAACGACAAUAUCCACAAUGUAGACAAGUCUUGCAUGGCUUUCCCCUGGAUGUUUGGUAUCGGUUUUGGAAUUGUCUUCUCUGCUCUCUUUGCAAAGAUUCAUCGCAUUCGAGAGAUCUUGGCAUCAGCAAUCGAGUUUCGACGCAAACGUGUCCAAGCUCGAGAUGUCCUUUAUCUCAUUGCUGUGGUCCUUUCAAUUGAAUGUACCAUUCUAUUGGUGUGGCAGUUCGUGGACCCACUUCUUUGGGAGCGCGAUAUCAUUCGUGUGACCGAAGACGCCUUCCCUCUGCAAUCCGUUGGUCAGUGCACGUCAGAGCAAGGAUUCAUUUUUUGGCUCUUCUUCAUAUCCUUCAAUGUCUGUCUUCUGCUCUACGCACUUGUCUUGUGCUACAAGACGUGGAACUACCCUUCUGCCUUCGCCGAAAGCCGUUGGAUUACAGCUUGUGUCAUAUCCUAUAUUCAGAUUCUGCUGCUCGCAGUUCCGAUACUUGUUAUCGUGAAGGAUGACAAUAACAUAUACUUCUUUGUUCUGACGUCGAUCGUCUUUUUGAUGUCAAUGUCGGUUACACUGUUCAUUUACCUCCCCAAGGUGGUCUCGUUCUACUCUGCAUCUGCAGAAGGAAACCUUGGGCAAAUCAGCCUUCAAUUUGCAAGAGGGACACAUAGAAGCAGCUCGAACGAUGGUCCAUCAGUGCUGAUAUCUGGUUUGGGUCCUUCUAUGGACAAUUUCGAGAGUUCCUCAAUGAGAUUCAACCAAGUGGUGCCUUUGCGGACGAACGACAUGGUGGAGAGGGUUACGUCUGCAUUCGAAGAGCCAUCGGAGGAACACACAAAAACAAAAUCACAAUCUUCCUCACAACCGUAUCAAGUGAGCGAAUCAAUCGUCGAAGAGAAUCAACAAGACCUUGAAUCGGGCAAAGUGACAAGUUCGUCCACUGCCGAUGAGACGGACGUUGAGAAAGGGCAUUGA